AUGGAUAUUCAUAGUUUACAAGAGGCCUUGAAAAAUCCAAAUCUGACCCCCCAGGCUAGACAGGAAAAAGAAACAAAACUUAAUUACUAUAGUAAUCUUUUAAGAGCUCCAAUAUCAGUCUCUCCGAUGGUCAGAACUUCAUCAAUGCCGCUCAAUACAUUAACAUCAACUGGUGUUUUAUCUUCACAAACAGGUCCAAUUUUAACAAAUAACACUGUUUCAACCAUGCAACAGCAACAGCAAUUUUCGUCUGCUUCACAAACAACAUCACAAUCACCUACUGCACAAAUUCCAUUACAUUUGCAACAAGCAACAUCAUCAUUAAGCACAAUUACCAAUAUCAGACCAAAUGCAUCAAUAGUACCAAUAACAUCUGCAAUUACAACAAAUUUCUCACCAUCAUUAACUUUAUCAUCUAAUGCAUAUUUGACUUCAAAUUUACCACUAGGAACUUCACAAUUACAAAUUACAGAUCCUGAUAAUAUUGAAAAACCAAUCGUUGCAAAAUGCAAUAUACAAGAAUUGGUAGAGCAAAUUGAUCCUAGAGAAAGAUUAGAACCAGAGGUGGAAGAUUUGCUGUUGGAUGUAGCUGAUGAAUUCAUAACAUCUGUAGCUUCUUUUGCUUGUCAGUUGGCCAAACACAGAAAAACUGAUACAUUGGAAGUAAAAGAUCUUCAACUACAUCUAGAACGAAAUUGGAAUAUACGUAUUCCAGGUUUUGCUUCUGAUGAAAUUAGAUCAGUAAGAAAACCAGUGAUAGCUACUGCACAUCAACAAAAACUUGCUGCUGUAAACAAUGCACAAGCUCAAUCUCAUUAA